GGGACUAAUAAAACGUGAAUAUCUUAUUACAGUCUCCAAACAUGUCUGGAUUUGCUUUUAAUGCUGUUUGUGGUCUGACGAGAGCUGCACAGACGAAUUCUGCAAUUCUGUCAUCGAUCUCUCGACACUCCAUUGUAAUGACGCAGAUUAGAAAUCACAAUAAGCACUGGAAUCCUAAAUUUAAGAAGCUUCGGGCUGAAAAAGUUAUAAAAAUAAAAUUGCCGAAUUAUGAGAAGGACGAGAAUGAUGAAAUGUCAGCUGAAAAGAUUCGGACUAAAUUCAAGGAGCAGGGACUUCAGCCUUCCCAGCCCUGGAUCGAAAAGCCCAUCUUCGUCAGCUGUACCGGAGCUAUCUUCGAGGAAUACAUACCACCUGAAGGCGACGGGAAAUUCUCCGCGGUCACUGGGGCGGGUGCAAAGCAAAAAGUUGAAUUCAUGACGAAAAAGGGAAAAUCUUAUAUGGCAGUGAAGAAGAUAAAAAACUUCCUGGAAGACUUCAGCGCUGUUGAUUUCGAAGAGGAGGCGCAGGAAAUUUACAUCAAAGCGCACGAAGCUAUCGCCAACAAAGACAAAGAUGCUUUACGAUUGACUGUGACAGAACGAGCAUAUCCUGAGGUAAGGCACAAUACCUUAGAUAAAACAAUUCGCUGGAAGUUCAUAGAGUCUCUGGUUCCCCCUCGAGUUGUUCACGCUCGUUGCACUGAUCUCAUCACCAAGGACAAUGUUUUUGCCCAAAUUACUGUGCGAUUCCAUACUCAACAGACCCUAGCAGUCUACGACAGAUUUGGUCGUCUAGUUCAUGGAAGUGAAUUCGUGAAGAAAGACGUUCUAGAGUACGUAGUCUUUGAGAAUCACUUGGCGAAUAAAUAUGGGAACUGGAGGAUUCACGGAAAAAUAAUUCCCUCGUGGAUGCCAGAGCGAGAGAAUGCCCAGAGGACAUAUCUGAAGAAGCCAGAGGAGCCUGAACCCUUGGAGGAAUCAUCGAAGGAGGCAGAAGUGUCUAUUGCUCACGUCGACAAAGAUUCCUCACCUCAACAACCUGCUGUGGCCUAAGGCUCUGUGAGAUAACUUAAUUACCAAUAAAUUUAUUAUUGACUAAUGGAGUCUUUUGCUAUCGUUUCCCUCUAAUGCUACAGAUCUGUGAUCUGCAUUUUUUUUCAAACCUUUGAGAAGUGGAAGUAAAAAAUAAAAUGAAGACUGUUGAAGAUCGAA